ACUGGGAGCAGCAGGGGACACAGCAGCUGGACUGGGAGCAGCAGGGUUUGCAGCAGCUGGACUGGGAGCAGCAGGGGACACAGCAGCUGGACUGGGAGCAGCAGGGUUUGCAACAGCUGGACUGGCAACAGGAUGACCCACAGCCUGAAGAGCAGCAACAGGGUUUGCAACAGCUGGACUGGGAGCAGCCACAGGAGCCACAGCCACCCUUGGAGCCCCCACAAGAGCCACAACCCCCCUUGCAACCCCCACAGGAGCCACAGCCCCCCUUACAGCCCCCACAGGAGCCACAGCUGGAGCAGGAACAGGCUGGCACACAGCAGCACACGGGCUUGCAGCAGCAGACGGGCACACAGCAGCCGGAGCCACAGCCCCCACAGCCAGAGCCACAGCCCCCACAGCCGGAGCCGCAGCCCCCACAGCCGGAGCCGCAGCCCCCACAGCUGGAGCCACAGCCCCCACAGCCGGAGCCACAGCCCCCACAGAUGGAGCCGCAGCCCCCACAGCCGGAGCCACAGCCCCCACAGCUAGAGCCGCAGCCCCCACAGCCGGAGCCACAGCCCCCACAGCUGGAGCCACAGCCCCCGGAACAGCCACAGCAGCUCAUGGUUCUUUUGGGUUGAGGGUGGAGCAGGUAGAGGAGCAGGUGCGGAGGACAGUGCUCAGGUGUGGAGCCUUCUGGGCUGGGAGCCCUUUAUACACCUGCUCAGGGUCAGCACCGUGUCUGCCUCCACAGCUCAGUGCCGACCCCGUGCCCUGCGGACCCGUUUCCGCAGCUGCAGCCGGACGCGCCUCCAGGCGGGCAGCGGCGACGUGGCCGUCACCGGUUCCCUCUGCUUCCAGCUGCCCACGUCGCGGCACACUCGCUGCCCGCAUUCCGGAACAACUUCGUGCACAAAUCAGUGA